AUGGCCAGAUCGGCACCCUUUACCUUCGCUUACCCUGAGCCCUCGGCAUUUUGGCUAAGCCGCGACAUCCAACAUGAAGACUGGGCCGCCUUUACUUCCAACCUCGUCAAACCCGGGCGUUCUGGUGCCGCCGGCGACGCAACCCUUCCAGCGGAUUCGAAAGGGCAGCCAUUGUCGGGUGUGCAAGGCCCUGAAUACGAGGAGCAAAUCAGCCGCAUGCGCGGGGAGCUCGCUCGAUGGAACGAAACAUUCUUCAGGCCGCGAGGAAUGAAAGUCAUCUCAGGCGAGGAUUAUCGCGCAGAAACACAGCCAUCGUCCUCCCAAGCCCAGAGUGGCGGCUCCGGAGGCGGUGCCGACAAGAAGUGGAAGUUCGGGCCGGACAAAUUUGGCUUCCAAAUUGGAGGCGCGUUGUUGGGAAUCGACAUGUCAAAGCCCGCCAAGGACCAGUGA